GGACAGCUGAAAUUGAAAUAAGUUUAUUGAGUUAAAAUACACACAAAGGGAUGAGGUAGCUCAAGCUAUUCUCACCCCAUUGGGACAGCUGAAGAGAAGGUCCAAUCAGAUAAUCGGUGAGUGGAAGUACUGAAGUUGUAGAGAAAGAGCCAGGGCUUAACCCAGCUGCAUGUCUGGAAUCAAUGCUGGAACAACCCUACAACUGGCUAGGCUUUUGAGUCGGGUCAGAAAGGGCGGUUUCUGCGGUGCUUCUUUAUACUAGGUGGUGACAGUCUUCUGUCUUCUUUCUUGUCUCUUAUUUCUUCUUACUACUUCUUCUUCCUCCUCUGUUGUCGUAGCUGUAUAUGGUGAGCGUUUAGAUCCUGUAGGUCAGGAGGGAUGAGGUUUGAUAGGAGAGUGGACUCGUCCCACUCAGCAUGGCAAUUGCAGAAACGUUAUUGAUUGAUUACUUUCUUUAUUAUGCACCCCAUACCCAUCCUGUGGGCGGUGAUGGAAAGGGUUACAGAGGCACAUAAUCGAUUCAGGAACUGAAUCCUUUAGUUCGUUUAGCCUAGCGUGACAAUCUUCUGAAGUUACACAAUUGUUAAUGUUUGUAUAUAUAUGUACAUGUAUACAAUCAAAUACACAUACAUACACACAUCGAUAAUCUAUUUUAUAUCACAAGUGAUUCAACAAGAGGCUCACAAGUCAUUUUACAAGGCCCUUUACAUCUAUGGUGAGACAUAUAGUUACUAUUCUUGCUGCUCACCCACCAAACUAGGCAGCAGCUUUACAGUCAUGCAUGCAUUACCUACAGUAAUCUAAUUUUGGAUACUUUGCUAAAACUCCCGGCAUUACAUCAUUAUGAAUGAAGUACUUACACAUUUCUUGGACUCCGUUGAUGGUGUUAUCUCCUAAUUCCAAUAUUUUUUCACAUUUCAUUAUAUAAUGACGCAAAGUAUGCGAGUAGUUAUGCUGACAGAGUUAAAAUUUAGUCAAGGCUAUAUCAGCAGAUGUUACAAACUCCCAGAGGUACUUGUAGUCGUGCGUUCACCUGAUUCCAAACAUUAUGUAAACUUUAAAACUUGUAUGAAUAUUCACUUGGGGUUCACUUUUAGUCUUAAUUUCUGUUAUGUAUUAUAAUGUGUUGAAAGGUAGUUUGCGGUACUAAAGUACCCAAGCAGUUCAUAGCCCUGAACACUGUCAAGGAUGUUAGUGUCAUGGAAUGUAAUGUAAUUUGUGGCGAUCGGAGAAUUAGGAAUACUAGCGGGUUUUAUUAUAUAAUAUGAACAGUUUCACAUACCUGGGGAGAAACGCGGUUGUUUGUGUACUAACUAUGCCCCUGUUACCUAGCAGUAAAAUAGGUACCUGGGUGUUAGUCAGCUGUCACGGGCUGCUUCCUGGGGGUGGAGGCCUGGUCGAGGACCGGGCCGCGGGGACACUAAAAAGCCCCGAAAUCAUCUCAAGAUAACCUCAAGAUAACGUCAUACACACACGUGAAAUCUGGAACUCUGUGACGAGGAAUCAGAACGGAAAGGUAGUUUUCUCGCAACGAAACCUAUAAAAUAAGAAAUAAAAUUCUGGCAAAAAUUCGAGAAGAACGAAACACAGUGAAUCACCAGUCAGAUACUGACAAGAUUUAUGAAGCACAUUAAACCAGAAUUGGGAGGAGUCUGGAAAAAAUCGGAAAGCUGAUUGGUGGACUUAAGGCAGAGGGGGAGACGUGUUAUUGGUUAAUGAAAUGAUAAAACUAUACUGAUCUAUCUUUGAAGUCCUCCAGUGACGUAUUGAAAUCUAGAUUCACGUACUGAAAUGUAACAGGGAGAAUAAUUAUGCUCCUUAAGAAAACAGAUCUGCUCAUAUCUUCUAAGAUGAUCCAGACUAUAUAUAGUGUAUGGAAAAUUAUUGACCCUUCAGUACUGUUGCAGACAAGGCUGUGAACACAGUGUUUUGAUAAUGUUUCAUCCUCGUGUGGCAGAGUUGUUUAUGGUGGUGUGGUGGUCCGGCCUGACCCUCAGUGGUGCAUUGGACAAGGCUCUGCCCUGCCAGGUCUACACCACAGAACCUGUCGGGACCACACUGCCCACACUCCUCAGUUUCCGUCCCUUCACCACCAACUGGACCUUCGACCUACACUUCAGAAACCAACAUACAGCGCUCAUAUGGUGUAUGAGACUUAAGGCUGAUCAUCACCACGUCUCUGUCACUCACAACUCUGGAAUUUGUCGUCAUGACGUCCCCGUGACGACACGCUGGCCCACUGACGCCUUCGGACCCACUUUCCAGACGGUAACUUACAUUCGACACAACGAUGAUAAAUUGGAAUUGUACAUUAAAAGUCGAAGUUCGCCUUCUGUGGUGCAGAUGUCAACCAAGCCGGCAGGACGCCUCCACGUCAGCCUAGCGACCAAGAGUCAAAUGUCAUAUUCUUACAACUGUCCUGCCACUUGUUCGACUUCUAUCACGACAUCGAAAGAAUUCCAACUUCUUAAAACCUUUGAGAAGUCUUCGACCUUCUUCAUCCUUCCACGACAAACUUCCAUGUUAACGGUGUUUAAUGCUUCGGUUCACGGAACAUCUUGUGUAAACAAGAUGUUCAGUGAUCAAAUUAAUCGCAAUCUGCUCAAUAAGAAACUGUCCUAUAAGAAAGAUAUGUGGAACAGGCUAGAUGUUUUUUUUAAUAACGGAAUUUAUCAGAUUUUACUAAAUGGAGAGGAAUUAUGUGGAACUUGUCCAAAACAUGUCUGUCAUCUAAACUUUCGAGUAAAUGUAUUCAUUACAGGAAACUAUUCAUGGAGCGUUAACUGUGACCCUCGACAGCUGAAAACUGAAUCACUGAUAACUGAGUCAACCAAGAACACCAUAACAACCACAUUUGAGUCAUCCACUACUAAUGUUACGACCACCUCAACCACACCCUCAACUUCUGUUGUCAACUCUGGAGAAGUUGACAGCAUCAUAAUGUAUUCCACAUCAGUAGCAGUUCCAUUAGCUCUAAUUUUACUCGUAUGUCUCAUUUGCCUGUGCAAAAGAAGCAGGCGUGUAGCACAGACUUCAGCUUUGCGAGCUGGAGUGGCAGAAGGUGUAGGUGUUGCUGCUGGUGGCCCCGAAGACCUCGACCAGCACGGUGGCAACAUCGACACCUGCGCCUCACCUCCGGCACCUGAUCGUCUCCUUCACAUCGGGAAUUUUCAGAGUUCUGUUGAUGAGACGAGCAAGAUGAGCCAUCCAUCGGCUGCCGUCUCCUGCCACAUGCUGCUUGGUAGUCUUCCUGCGAUGACCUCACUACCCAGACCCCAGGUUGGGUCCUCACUAGAUGCAGGCAGCCCACAGCAGGACAAGCAGGGUUAUCACAUCUACAAUGGCGCUUACAAUGCCACUUGUCAAGCCUUGAGGUCCCCCAGUGGCAUCAAGAGUGCCACCAGCCCAUCAGUGAUCACUUGUUUCUCUGGUCAGCAGUUAUCAGGCUCACCUCUCCCACUCAUCACUCAUCAUGACAGCAUCAACAGCUUAUAUUCACCUGUGGAGGCGCUGCCAGAGGACCGUUCCAGUCAACAUAUAUAUGAAGAAAUAGAGGGAAGGUUAUAGUCAGUAGAGGACCUGCUGAGAAUCGUUCCUACAUCAUAUGAAAAUGAAAAGCUGUUAGAUACCCCAAAAUCAAAAUUCUUCCUGGUUCUCUCCGUACUUUCACUGCACUAAUGUUUCAUUAAACAGCUAUAUAUUUAUUGGUGUACUUUCUUUUCACUGUAACACCCUUUAUUCCAUUGUAAUAAAGUAUUUGUUCUGCUCUCGAUAUGUAAUUAUACAAAUGUAUCACUUUCACUCAAUAAGUGAGUCACAGUCUCUGUGUUUUCUGUGCCACCAAGGCAUUGUAAUUUCAUACAAUUUUUUUUUUUAAUACUGAACGAUAUCUUUGCCUUCAUAUAGUUGUAAUACUAUACCAUUGUACAAUUGUAUUUUUGUAAUACUAAAUCAUUACAUUAUUGUAUCACAGUUCCACUCUACCAUAGUGCAAUUGUUUAUCUGAAUAACUUUGCUACUGUACAGAACAACUCUUUACCAUUUUAUAGUUGUAUUACUGUACCAUUUAAAUGCAUUGCUGUAUUAUAUAAAUGUUUAUAUCACUAAACCUUUAAAAGUAAUUACAACUAUAUUUUAUUGAUAUCAAAUAUUAAAGACAAUUUGAAGUGUGAUUUUUACAUAUUUAUAUUUAUUAUGAAGUCAUUAAUCACGUCAUUAUAUCCUCGUACCACUGUAUCAGAGUACAAGGGAUAUGACCAUCGAGAGAUGUGCUCCAUUUAUCGGUGUUUAUACAUUCCUAGUUUAAUUCAAGUUCAAGUACUUUUAUUGUGACAAUAAAAUACAUCUCAAAAGGAUAGAGUAGCUUAGGCUAUUUCUACCCUCCUCUACUUCUGGUCCUUCAAGGGACGCACAAUUGCAGUGAGUACAAAUCCAUAAAUCACAUUACAAGAAUUAUAUUUUACACUGCAGAUUAAAACAGUAAACAGCAUAUAAGUGUAACACACUCUUGAGGCGUAUUGCUUGUAGCUCCUAAGUAUUCUAUCAUACCAUUAUCACACAUCCAAAUAAUUGUAUGUUGUACACUACUUAUUUCAAUAGUUAUCGAUAAGUUUACAAUCUAAUACAUAGUGAAAUUGAAAUUGAAAUUGAAAUAAGUUUAUUGAGGUAAAAUACACACAAAGGGAUGAGGUAGCUCAAGCUAUUCUCACCCCGUUCAGUACAACGUGUUAAUACAUACAUAGACACACA